UUGCCACACACAGGCAAAAAUUAAUAAUAGUCAGUAAUCGGGAAUUCUGCAGAAGUAUCGUGGCAAAUGGGGGACAGAGCGAAAAAUGUCUAGAUAUGGAGAUCCAUGUCAAACAGAGGACAGAGGAGUGGUAUGAGGUGAGGCAAGAAGUCGUCCUGACUGCCUCACGCUUUGGAGAAGCCCUCGGAGUGGGAAAAGGACGGCCGUAUGACUUCUUUCUGUCCCUUGUGUCAGAUGAUCCUUUGUAUAAGGGAGAAAAUGGCAACAGCUUUACCCAGCAUGGUAUAGACAUGGAGCACAUCAUAGAUGAGAUGUACGGACUGCUGACUGGCCACCGUACGGAGGAGGCAGGGUUCUGGGUACCGGAUCCAACCAGUAUACUAUACGGACUGUGUGGAGCAUCGCCUGAUGGCAAGGUGUUUUUUGGUUCGGAGACCCAGCCAGCAGGUCUAGUUGAAUAUAAGGCACCUGUCAACUACCUGUACAGCAAGCAGAAGCACCCGCCACAUGGCAUUCCUCGCAGCUACAUGGCACAGAUACAAGGCCAGAUGGCAUUCUCCGGUCUUCCCUGGUGUGACUUCAUGGCAGUUUGCACCGCUACAAGAGAAGUCAUGCUGCGGAGGGUUUACUUCCACCACAAGUACUGGAACUUUCUGGCCAACCGACUCAGACAGUUCUGUCUGGCAGUUAAGGAGGCACGACGGAGAAAAGAGAGAGGGCUGCCCUUCGACAAAGUACCAGGUGUACCUGUACUCAGACAGCUGCAGAUGUCCAAGAACCUGUUCCCUGGAGAAGCUGACAUUGUUGUGGAGGACUUGUUAAAGGUGAAUGAGAGAGGACAGUACAAGUCCACUGCUGGUUGGUGGAUGGACUACGACUUCCUGAUGGGAAUAACCCCCGAACCCUCUCCGGUGUUCCCGCCACACCUCUCCGCCAUCUUGUCCAGAAUUGACGCAGAAAUCGACCAAAAGAAUAGCCAGAAAAAUAAAACGCUAACUAUAGAAGGAUCGUGACAAAUGGUAGAAUAUUUUUAAUCGAAAAGAAUUUCCAUCAUAAAGAAUGUGUUGGAUGUUUAGAUUUCAUGUACAACAUACACCUAGCUCGAUACAUAACUCUGAUAAAUAUUUUUAUUUCAAUGUCCUAUAUGAUGACUUGCAGUGUGUUACUGUAUAACUGUCAGUAUUUUUUAAACGUUUUACAUCUAGUAGGUAGUAGUAGUAGUAGAGAGGCGACCAAAAUACCAAUGCAAUAUCGUUAGGGUUAAGUACUUUUGACACUCCAUUCUAGCAUACAUUUAUGUUGCAAUUACAAAUAUAAGAUGUAACGUUACAAGAAGUUUGUUAGAAGAAGAACAUAAACUUAUUGUGUUGACAUAUGUCAGUCGUAAAUACAUGUACUCCACGUUCCAUUUUGAAACUUCCUGUCUCUUAAAAAGAUACUCAGGAAAUGAUAGUAAUUAACAUUUGCAUAUAUCUAUUUUUGCACCGGUUUGAAAGAAGUUCAAUAAAAAGCAAGGAACAAG